AUGGCAUCGGAAACAACUCCAGAAAGGGACGAGAAUGUGCAUAAGUCUCUCAAGUAUUCUCUACUAGGCCCGUCUCUUACAAAAUCUGGACAAGAUUCUGUAGACCAGUCAAAGGUUUCCGAGAUCAUCUACAAUGCUUCGAAGGGAUCUAAAUAUUUCAAUCAUGAGGAGGAAAGAGACAAGACCCUAACAGUAAAGAUUGAACGAAUCUUAGGGAAGAAGGCUGAAUUGGAGAAGCUUGAUUUAGCUCACGACCGUCGACGAGCAGACACUGCGAUUGCAGAGCUCGAACUCACAAGAGAUCUGACUCAAACAAUCGUCCAUAUUGAUUGCGACGCAUUUUACGCUGCAGUAGAGGAGCUCGAUCGUCCUGAAUUGAAAGAUGUUCCAUUUUCUGUUGGGAAAGGAGUUGUCACAACAUGCAAUUAUCACGCACGGCGAUUUGGGGUCAGAAGUGCGAUGGCGGGGUUCAUAGCAAAGAAGUUGUGCCCGCAAUUAAUUCAGGUUCCUCUGAAUUUCGAUAAAUAUACCGCGAAGGCACAAGAAGUCCGGGAAAUUUUGGUAGACUAUGAUCCACGGUUCGAGAGCGCUAGUAUUGAUGAGGCAUAUCUUAACAUCACGGAGUACUGUCAAAGGAAUGAUAUCGACCCGGAGGCUGCUGUUGAACAGCUGAGGAGAGAGGUUCAUGAGAAAACGAAAGUAACCAUAUCUGCUGGAAUUGCAGCCAAUGCUAAGAUAGCUAAAAUUUGUUCGAAUUACAAUAAGCCUAAUGGUCAAUAUCGUGUUGCGAAUAAUCGAAUUGAGAUUAUGAAAUUUAUGCGAGACCUUCCAACUCGGAGAGUUAACGGAAUCGGACGGGUAUUCGAAAGGGAACUAGGCGCCAUAGGCGUUAAUACAUGCGGAGAUAUCUACAAUGUGCGACACUAUCUACCCAAAUUGUUUGGAGAAAAGGCGUUCAUUUUUCUAAUGCAAUGCUAUCUUGGACUCGGAAGAACAGACGUCAAACCGGCCGAGGAGUAUACCCGCAAGAGUGUCGGCACAGAAAGUACAUUCAAUGAAAUGAAUGAUGCUACAGAACUUCGAAGCAAACUUCGACGUACAGCUGAGGAGCUGGAAAAAGAUAUGCAACGAACCCAGUUCAAAGGGCGAACUCUAGUUCUUAAAGUGAAACUAAAAACCUACGAGGUGCUUACAAGACAGGCGGCCCCACCAAAGGCAGUAUUCUCAGCUGACGAUUUGUACAAAUAUUCUCUUCCCAUGCUUGAGAAACUGGAGGCGGAGAUGCCAGGUUUGACAUUACGACUAAUGGGGCUCCGGUGUACAAAUUUAAUCAGCAUGAAAAAGCCCGAUACCAUGGCCUUUUUCGGAUUCAGAAAACAAGACUCACGGGAGAAUGAUGUUGGCGAAAAUGAACGCAAAUCUUCCUCUGUAGCGAAACGAAAAGCAUCUGAUCUCCGAGAAGAUGACUCUGAGGAGCGAUGGGAAGUUUGGCCCGAAGAACUUCUCUUCGAAGAUGCCGAGCGUCAAGAACGAGAAGAGGAAUUCAAGGAAAUGGAAAGUUUAAGUCAACUCGAAGAAAACGAUCCACGGCGACAUCACGGAAAAGAAAUUGUGCCGAAUCCCAAACCGAAGGACGGUGCUGUGGUAGAAGAGGAAUGGUGGGACUGUCCCGUUUGUCAGCGGCCGCAAGCGACAAAUGAAAAGGAAUUCAACGAGCACAUUGAUAUUUGUCUUUCGAGACAGACAAUCAGAGACGUAGUUCAAGAGACGUCCGGGGUACCUCGAUCACCGUCUGCAUCCGGAAGUGGCUACAAAUCUCAAAUUGGUAGCUCAAGGAAAACCAAGGCAGGAGAGAAAUCAAAGGAUAAAGGAAAUACUCCCAGUGAUCCUAAACAGCGAAAAUUGUGCUUCUGA